AUGCCAAUCGAAUUAAUCCGUUUCAAACAUCGGAUAUUCGGAUAUUCAUUCACGUGCUUAGAGCAGCAGGCUAUUGCUGACAGAUAUUUUACUACUAUUAUUGUUUCUUUUUGUUCGCAGUAUAUAGUAAGAACGGUUUAUUUCUCUCCGUUACAAAUGCAGAAGGACUGUCGAAAUUUCAUUGCUGUGCUGACGGUUUCCAUUGUGGUGUCACUCAUAAAUUUAGUGGUUUUCAGACAACUGUUUCUAACUGUGUCCACGCCCUUAAGCGAUGUAAAUAGUAAUAGAAGAGAGUCUCCUGAUUCCGAAGGAAAGCCUGGUACGAUAACGCCAGGAAGGGCGGGGUUGCAGGAGUCAUAUAGACUACCGAAACGGAAAAGGACUAGGAUGACGAUCUGUACUUACAACGCACGUACGCUUGCAUCGGAAGCUGCCAUCGAAGAUUUGAUGAUGCAAGCCAAGAAGAUCAAGUACGACGUCAUCGGACAGACCGAGACGAGACGACGUCACCCUCUCAACGCCGUAUAUGAAACUGGAGAAGAACUGUUCUUAGGAACAUGCGACAGUAGAGGUGUUGGUGGAGUUGGCGUCCUCGUAAACACGAGUAUGGCAAAGAACAUCGACUCUUUCGAACAACUUACGACCCGAAUCGGACGUCUGCAGAUGAGAAGAUGUGGUCCAACACCAGCUUUGACUAUCUUCGUCGCUUACGCUCCAACAUCAAGCUACGAUGAAGAAGUCGAAGCUUUCUAUAGGGACCUGGAGAAGUUCUACCGAGAAGAUCAUGCCUUCUACAAGGUCAUAAUUGGCGAUUCCAAAGUUGGCCCAAGAAGAACGCCGAAGGAACUUCACAUCGGGACCCACGGCCUACAAUAG